AUGUCUGGCAUCCCACAAGUUGUUGUAAAGGAAAACGGCGGAGUGUCAUUUCCCUAUCUGAUGUUAAGCCCUCAUAAUUAUACUGUGUGGGCAAUAAAGACAGAGGCGAUUCUUGAUGCACAGGGAGUCUGGGAGGCGGUGGAGCCGGUGGAAGGAGCCCAGGUGGAUGCAAAGAAGGAUAAAAAGGCACGUGCAUACAUCUUGCAGUGUGUCCCCGAAGACAUACUUCUCCAGAUCGCAACAAAGAAGACGGCGAAGGAAGUCUGGGACAGCCUCAAGACGAGGUACCUUGGAAGUGAUCGAGUGAAGAAGGCACGCGUACAAAUGUUGAAGAGUGAGUUUGACGCCCUCCGGAUGAAGGAGACCGACACGAUUGAUGAGUUUGCUGGCAAACUCAGUGCUAUGAGCAGCAAGUUCUCCGCUCUUGGUGCCACGCUUGAAUAUUCAUCUUUGUUAAAGAAGUUACUCGAUUCUAUCCCUGAUAAGUUAUUUCCUAUUGUUGUCGGUAUUGAGCAGUUUCACGAUCUUGAGACGAUACAAUUUGAGGAGACUAUUGGGCGACUGAAGGCGUACGAGGAACGAACACUACGAUUACGCAGCAACACCAACGACACUGAAGGUGAGCUCCUACUAACUCAUGCCGAAUGGCAAAUGCGACAGAAGGGGAGCAACGUGGACACUUCGUCAAGAGGAAAGGGGCGUGGAUCCAGCAGCCCUAGUCGUGGCAAAUGGCGCAGUCGUGGUCGUGGUAUGCCGAGCCAAGAUAGUGUAGGAGGCACUCGAGACAAGAGAUAUAUAAAGUGUUUCAAUUGCGAGAAAAUGGGGCAUUAUGCGUCUGAAUGCUACAACAAGCGGUGUGAUGAUGAGGCUCACCUCACUUGUGUCACCGAUGAAGAGCCAACACUGAUGAUGACUGUGUCCCACGAGGAGUCUAACGCUAGGCAUGAGCGGCAGGAUACCAUUCUGCUCAGUAAAGAGAGGUUGCUACCGGAGAUGUACCGAGGCGUUAAGAAAGAAGAUAAAGACAUCUGGUACCUUGACAACGGUGCCAGCAACUACAUGACUGGCCAUCGCGAGAAGUUUUAA